CAACAUCCAUCUCUGCAUCUCCGUUCCUGUGUAAACUCAUUCAUGAGAACCAACGCACUUAGAUUUGACCUCUCUGAUUUUUUGGCAACGUUCUCCUCGAUUUUACCUUUGUCAUAGGUACAUUCCACGACUAACUCAUGGCACCUUUUUAACCCGGCAUAAAUUGCCUCGAUUAUUCCAUGUGAUGGAAACGGAUGACAGGAAUGAGUAGAUUUUUUUUUUCUCUCUCUGAGUGGGUUGCAGCUAACAACCAACGUAGACGUAGAAAACACUAGAUCUGUAAUGAAGUGGCCACAGCGGAUGUAAGAAUUAUAAGGACAUGAACAAAUUUAGGAAGAGAAAACACCGCAGAUCAGUCAAACACGCAUGCCAACACUGAAAGAAAAGAUAACGAGAUUAUACAAAACUGGGGAAAAGAUCAAUGCUAACUUCCAAAAUAUCUUGACAGAAAUACAGAUAAUGUUUACAUAUACAGAUUUCCUACCAAAUUCUCAGCAAGAGCAGUGGACUAGCCAUGUCUGCUGGUUCUUGGGAGGACUCAUCAAAUUUGACUCAUGACAGAGAUGAACAGAGUAAUCUUGAGCUGGUUAAGAAACGUCCUCCACCUCGACCUUCAGGGCCACCUCCUCGAUCUGCUCCUCCAAGACCUGCACCCAUCAACUUAAAAGCUACUUCUCGGUCAACUUCUCCUUCUGCUCAACCAACUGCAACUGCUUCAGGAAGCGCAUCUCCAUCAGUUGGACAUCAUAUAACUUCUGCUAAUAAAAAGGCGCAUAAAAUUAUAAGCUCUUUGAAACAUAAAGCUGGCCUAAAAUCUCCAAAACACUUCAUUAAAGAUAAGAAGAAGCACAAAUCCCCAAUACCCUCUCCUUCGAAAGAAUUUGUCGAUCCAACACUCAGUGAUAAAACUGAACGCUCUGAAGAAUGGCUGGCCUUACAGCAAAUGCUCGACCGAACCAAAGAAACGGUCAUAAAAACACAACAGAAUUUGAAUAGAUUAGCAUCAAAAGACGAGGGUGAUAAUCUUGAAGACGACGAAGCAUCAGCUUCUGAUGGUUCUUGGGCUGGUUUGAGAGCUAAUCAAGGAGAAUCAGAAGAAAUCGAUGAAGAAGCAUCAAAUAUUCCGUACUCGAAAGCUUCAAGCUAUUACCCUGAAGACUCUACUGAAGAAUUAAAUGAUAUUAGUACAAAACCAAAAUCUGAAACAGGAGGUAGUGUUCAAGACUUAUUAGGGCUUGGGUUGGGAGAUUUUGAAUCCCCGCCCGAACCGGAUGAUUGGCUCUCCAGCCAUCAAUCUCAAUUUGAAAAAGACUUUUUAGCAGCAGAAGAAGAAAAUUUAACUUUAUCCAACAAGAGUGUUACCGAUGAAUUAGUUGAUAGCUUUUUAGGAUUAGACCCUUCAACUAGCCUAAAACCUUCCCCGGCUAUAAGUCCUGCACUUUCUCCCGUCACCCAACUUGCCCCAGAAUCUGAAGCAGACCCAUUUGUUGUUCGAAAAAUUGUCGAUCCAUUUGAUGUUUCUUCAAUUGUUAUUAAAACUGAAUCAGAAUCUGACCCCUUUACUGUUAAAUCAGCAGUUGCAACUCCAUCUGAUCCCUUUGUUGUGACGCAUGAUCCUUUUGUUACAUCUGUUGAGAGUGAUAUCAAGUCCACUGAUCCAUUUGCAGUAAAAACAACAUCGCCUUCAACAGAUCCUUUUGCAGUUUCUAGCGAUCCAGUAACUACAACACAGUCCUAUAAUGUUUUAGAAGAUCCAUUUUCUGUUAAACCAAGUGCAUCUAAAACAGUUCCAGAUUCACUUUCUGCAAAACCCCCAACAGAAAUAUCCUCAUCUGAUCCUUUUGUUGUUUCUCCUGCAUGUACAGAAUCAUUAUUUCUGGGAUCAACUUUGGGUAGUUCCACAUUGGAUACAUUAGCUGUUUCACCUGGAUUGCCAAGAUCUGGUUCUGAAUUAUUUGCUGACACUUCUGAUUUGACACCAUCUAAUAUUGACCCUUUCACUCCAACUAAGGAUAUUUUUAGCUCAACAGUUGACCCGUUCGCUUCAGCUACAGAGUUCACGAGUUCAACAAGCGAUCCUUUUGCAUCAACUGCAGAGGUCACUAGCUCAACAGUUGACCCCUUCUCUUCAACUGCAGAGGUCACAAGUGCAACAGCUGAUCUCUUCUCUUCAACAGCAGAGGUCACAAGUGCAACAGCUGAUCUCUUCUCUUCAACUGCAGAGGUCACAAGUGCAACAGCUGAUCUCUUCUCUUCAACUGCAGAGGUCACAAGUGCAACAGCUGAUCUCUUCUCUUCAACUGUAGAGGUCACUAGCUCAACAGUUGAUCCCUUCUCUUCAACUGCAGAGGUCACAAGUUCAACAGCUGAUCUUUUUGCGCCAACUACAGAACUCAGCAGUUUAACAGGUGAUCCCUUCACUUCAACUACAGAGCUCACGAGUUCAAAAGUUGACCCUUUUGCAUCCCCUGCAGAUUUCACUACUUCAAAUACUGAUCUAUUUGGUGAAAACAAAGAUGCAUUCGAAAUAAAUCCGAAUAUACAAGAAACAAGGGCCACUGAUUUUGUCUCAGAAAAGACUGAAGAAGCAAACCAGCUUGAAGACUUUUUUGUCGAAAAGACAGAAGAUUCAGGAAAUAAUAUUUUCAUGAAUAAUAUACCAAAAGAUAAAGAAUUAGGAGCUGCAGCUGUGGAUCCUUUUGCUUCCUCAGAAACAUCCUUAUUUACUCAACCAAAUUUAGAACUUUCUGGUUUUGCCUGCUUCUCAGAAUCUGAAGGACUCAUUGAUCCAGCUGGAUCAACAGACACUAGUCUCAUUCCAGGUAAAACAGACAAGCUGGCCUCCACACCAGAACCUUAUUCAACUAUAUCGGAACCACUAGAUUUUGCUUCAAUCGCUCUAGCAAUUAAAGCAGUUGAGAAAAUUUCAGCAAGUUCUGAUCAAAGUAAACCAAGUUCUAGUCCAUUCACAACAAUAUCUGAACCAUUAGAGUUUCAUACCGAUGAUACUUCUUAUAAAUUAGAUAAAAAAGCUACAGACUCUUUAGAAGAUAGUCCCUUUUGUACUACGUCAGAACCAGUUGAUAUAGGAUCAGUUUCUUUUGUUAAACAGGAAGAUUUGCAAAUUGCUGAUCAAUUAGUCUAUAAACCCUUGACUUUACAAACUGAUCCUUUUAGUACUAUUUCAGAACCAGUAGAUGUUCAUGUAGAAUCAUCUGAAACUCCUUUUGGCUGGAAUGCCUUUUCUGAUCAAUUUAGCUCUACUUCAGAUAGUGAUUUGAGCACUAAAAUUUCUGCUAAUGAUCAAUCUAGUUUUGCGUUUUGUGAAUUAAGUGCUACCCAAGCAGCGCCUGCUGUUCAACCAUUUUCAAGUUCACCAUUUGAAGCUGACUGGCCAGGUUCAGUCUCAGACUCGGCAGUUAAAACUGACUUAGCUUUCCCAGGGGUAGGAAGUGAUUUCGGUUCUGCAAGUAUGUCUGUGCCAACAUCUGAAGAUGCGUUUCCAAUGGCAACCGAUGCAACUGGUGAUAUGUUUGCUGCACAACCGACAGACGUAACUAUGACAACAAUACCAACAACAACAACAACAUCAACAAAAGACAGUUCACUGCUGACAAUGGAAGUAACAGAUUUAGUAGCAAGUAGUGCAGAAACUGAUACAUCCCUGAAGAAGGCUAGCACUGAUUUCUUAAUCAGUGACGAAGCUUUCUCAACAACAUUUGGUAGUCCGGUUUCUUCAAACACGACCGCUGAAAUCCUUGCCCCAGAUGUGUCACAUGCAAAUAAACCUUUUUCACUCAUUGAUGACAGUUUUGCAUCAGCAUCACCAAUGCUUGACGCUUCAGGAGAAAAUGUGCAUUCUUUAACUGAUCCGUUUGCCGAGGAAAUAAAACCAGCUUGCUUCUCAGAUUCUGGUUUCCCUACAACAAACUCGGCUUUCCCUAUGCUGGAACCAUCUGCUGUGCCUACAACAGCACCUUUCUCAGAUUCCUCAUUUCCUAUCUUGGCUCCACAAACAACUCCUGUUCCGAGUUCCUUUUCAGCAAUGGAUGCACAAGAAGUACCUGAUAUUUCCAAAUCAGAAAUCAGUCAGAUUAAUCCUUUUGACAACAUUGAUCCGGAAACUUCUAUCCACGUUAAAAAUCCAUUUUCAAUGUUCGAGACUAUUGAAGAUGAUUCGCCUUUUGGGCAGUCUGUUGAUAACAAAGCUAAUAAUAUGGGUGCAUUAAUACAACCAGAAAUAUCUGAAGAUAUUGCUUCUAAAUUAAAUGCUUUCCUACAGCCUGAGAUUACUCCUGAUCCUGCUCCAGUCACCAGUAGCACUAACAUUACUAGUUCAUCUGGAGAGGGUGCAGAUUCAAACGUUAGCUUAUUUACAGAAUCAAGUGCCAAUCCGUUUGUAGAUCAAAACGAUACUCCAGCUGUUGCCAAUGCCGAAUUUUUUGAUGAAGAUUUCUUCAAUACAAAAACUGCUGAGAAAAUUGCUGAAGGGGAUUCAGCGAAGAAUGCUUGGGGGGCAAUGGAAACUCUUGAUAAGGAUUCAGCUUUUAACCCUUUCCAAGAUGAUAACUUUGAUGCUGAAAAUAUCCCCCAAAAUGUUCUAGAUGACAUGGACAGUCAAGAACCGACAAAUGAGCAGAAGAACCCAUUUUUGUCUAGUGAUUUUAAUGCAACUGCUAUGAUGGGAGAGACCACGAUUAAUCCAUUUUUGAGUCAGGUAGAAGAACUUGAAAAAGCACAGAGUUCAUUGUCAGACAAUCUCAGUAUUUUCCUAGGUAAAGGGGAAGAUUUGCCAAUCGAUCCGACUGACUUGCCUAUAGAUGUUUUUGACCCUUUCAAAACCAUUGAGCCUGAUGAUAUUCCAGAAACAUCAGGUGCCAUGGCCGCCACCCAUACAGCAGCUGUCGAUUCAAGUGAUGAUGACAAAGAAUCCCCUGAUAUGGAUGAUAAUAAAGAUGCUUUUAAACUGACCAUACGAAUGAGGGAACCAGUUGAAUCUGGGCCAUCAGUUGCUCUACCGCCUCCUCCCAAAGUGCCCAAAUCUCCGCAAAUGGCACCACGUAUAAACCCAUUUGAUCGAGAUUCUCCACCGGAAGAAAACUUUGCAAAAUUCGAAGUGAUGGAGACUGAAGACAAAGUAAAGGAACCAAGAACUGAGACUCAGAUGAGUGUUUCUACGACAGAGAGUAGCACACCUGAAGAGGAAGAAAAACACCUUGAACCCCUUGAAAGUUUUAACCCGAAAAUGGAAGAGGAUGGAUGGACAUUAAUGCUUCGACAGCCAACGAAGAAGAAACUGACCGGUAACCGUUUCUGGAAGACAAUUUAUGUGAGAUUGGUCCAACAAAAUGACGGACCCGUUUUGAAACUGUUCAAUAGCAAAGAUGAUAAAGAUUCGUUUCAGGAGCUCCCGCUUCAGCCUUGUUACUCUUUGUCUGAAAUAGCCCUACAACAUUAUGAUCAAUAUGGAAAGAUACACACAUUGAAAAUUCAGUAUGUUUUCUAUCGUGAAAGAGUUGGAAUUCGAACCGAAAAGAUUACACCAACUUUCGUGAAGAACAUGAAACCAAAAGCUAACAUGAUUUUAGAUCAUGCUCCGCAGAUCUCAGAGCUUCUUAAAUUUGGUUCACUAAGUGAACAGACAAUUAUCACCUUUGUACAAGAGGUGGAAGAUGCAUUAAUGGCAAUUGUUGCUCACAGAGAAAAAACAUUAUCAUAUCAAAAAGACGAAGUUAUUGUUGAUGUAAUUGAUGAAUACAGAGCAGAGAUUAACACGGCAGGUCACAUUGUCGCCCAGAAAGCCAGAGUAAGAAUUUUUUGUUUAUCGUUUGUAACAGGUAUGCCAUUUGUAGAACUAGGAGUAAACGACAAACGGCGCAAAGGGAGAGAAGUUGUUGGUCGACACGAUAUCAUACCUAUCAAAACAGAAGAAUGGAUCAAGCCGGAGAAUAUUCAGUUUCAUUGUUCUGCGAAGCCAGAAGAAUACGAAAAGGAUGGAACCAUUAAAUUUCAUCCACUGGAUGCAUGUCAUUUUGAACUAAUGAGGUUCCGUAUUCGACUGAGAGACAAUAAAGAGUUGCCUUUGAUAGUGAGAGUGUUUCGAAGUAUCAAAGAAAGACAUGUUGAAUACCGGUGUGACGUUGUGUGUACCGGUUACCAUGCGUAUAGUAAAAAACAUGGGCAAUUUCCCUGUGAAGACAUUGAAAUAAGAUUUCCAAUUCCUGAUUGCUGGAUCUAUCUAUUUCGUUACGAAAAACGAUUCGGCUAUGGGUCCUUUAAAUCAGCCACCAGAAAACCAGGGAAAAUCAAAGGGCUAGAAAGGUUGACAAUGAUGACACAAAGUGGCACUAAUCCAGCUCUUCUGGAAGCCUCUGUAGGCACAGCAAAAUAUGAAAACGUUUAUCAUGCAAUUGUAUGGCGGAUUAGUAGAUUACCAGAAAGAAAUCAAGGUGCUUACAAAACUCAUCUUUUCACCUUGAGACUCGACCUAGGACCCCACGAUGAAAUACCCGACUCCCUUGAGAUGGUCAGCGAUGUGAAGUUUACCAUGCCAGCUAGCACUGUUUCCAAAUGUCAGAUUCGAUCAAUAUCAUGUGGCAAUCCCACCCCACCGGAGAAAUGGGUCCGCUAUAUAGCCCACUACAAUUAUAAGGUUGCUAUUGAGCACACACUUGAAGGGAGUAUCCAAAACGUACCUGAAAUUGAUGUCCAAAUGGCAGCGGAAGGAAACGACUCCGAAUCCGAUUCGUAGUCUGAACAGAAAAAAGGCUAAAUCGGUGAACGGCAACUCACUAAUUUACACUGUUAUUACUUACUUACUACUACUACUACUACUACUACUAAAAGGACAAAAGACAGUUACUACUACAACUACUACUUCUGUUACUACCAACUUUUUCCACGCAACCAAAAUACCCCCCAGUCUCAAGACUAGACGUUUUUGAUAAUCUAUACAUGAUGCCUUCCAUAGUGAAGCAAGUUUUAGAUAUUUGUAAGGAGAAGAAGAAAAAAAAA